AUGCACGACCCAGAGACCAGCCCUGUUGGGCGACUGGAUGAGUACAUCCGGAGCUUCGAGAAGAAGUAUGGCGCUGUUCCAGUUGAGAUCCAGGCACAUGACUUGCAAAGCUCGAUUGGUAGCUUUGUGGAACCUGUGGCCGUUCGGCAGAGCCGUGAGGAAAGAGAUCCAGGAGAUGGCCUACUGGAUGGCUUGACAAGUCCUGCAAGAGAACUUUGCUCACUGCCGGCCAGCAUGACGACCCCCAGAUAUCCAUGGCAGGUCACCCCAUCAGAGCCAGUGAGGGCAUUGCCUUUCAAACUCCGAAGCCCGGAAAAAGAUGUGUUUAUGCCUCGGGUUCGGCCGACUCUGCCAGAUGCUAGCUACAGAGUGCCUUCCUUUCUUGGAAGUGACUUGAUGUCAACAGCCUGCGGCUCUUCGAGCUUAGGCUUAGGCGCGGGAGUGGGAGCUUCACGGCUGGAUCCCCCAGCAAUGCCAGAAGCAUCGGUACCUGCCUUGGACAUCUCAAGCGUGGAACCCACGCGCAUGAGCACGCCACUGCGCUUCGAAAGAAGUUCCUUUUUCACGCCGGCGCCAGAAGCAGAACACCGCGCUUGUCAACGGAGCUAUGGGCAGGGGCAGGCGUUCGCGCCCCUUCCCCAGUCCUCUUUUUGCAGCUAUGCUGCACGCUCCAGCUUCGCGACAGACACUGCCACUUCCUCGAGCCUGUCGUGCAUGGUUCCGCGUGCGGUCUCAGGAUCUAGAGGUGAUCCAGGCCUGGCCCCCUGCGCGCGCAUGGAGCGCGCACGAGCUGCCAGCAACCCCCCACGGCUUCAGCUCGCAGGCCCAAGUGGACGCCAUCGUGUGCAUUCGACCGGCCGCUCUGCACCGAGAGCCUCAAACUCCAUAAACUCCAACUUCGGCUCGAAGCUGGGCCCCGAGAGACUUUGCACAGACACCAGCUUCCGUGAGCCGUGGGCACCAUUGCCGGCUCCACGCGGGCCGGUGCCCCAGGUCUGGCAGAGGCCUUCCGGAGCCGAUGCCAGCAGCGGCUCCCGGAAUCCCCGGAAGGGCUCCGAGUCCCUGGAGCUGUCCGGGCCGCCUCAGCUGGCCUCACCGCCGCGAAACCCGCGAAGCGGCAGUGCCGGGCCGCUGCCUGUUGCGCAGGCCUCUGCUCCGCUGCCGCUGAAGGAUGCUGCGGUCCAGCUCGAGCAUGGCCAGUUGCGUGCUCCAGAGGCACAGGAUGAGGUGAUCUGCCAGAGCCCCAAAAACCCCCACACAUCCCAAGCAUUUGCAUCCGAAGGCCAGCCAACCACCACAGGCUCUUGUGAGAUGGCUGUGCAAACAGACUCUGUUGGCACAGCUGCCGGCUUUGCCAAAAGCCACCGGGAAGAGCCUCAGCCAAUUACCGAGCCCGUUUCUGCUCUGCACUUCCCCAAGACGGGUGUCCAGACUGACUGCAACGUGGAUAGGCAUGCCGAACGGAGAGACGAGUGGGUCGGUGACAGUGGAAUGGGCACUUGGAGAUCUUCUCUGUCGCACAAUGGCACUGCAAGAAGGGGUCUCGCUGAACAGAUGUUGCUAAGCCAAGACCAGCUGGCAGGAGUGGGUGCACUGGGCACCCCUGAGAAGCUGCGGUUUUCUGCCAUAAAAGGCGACACGCCCGACUUCGGGGACGUGGUCAGCGCUCAAGCUUCCAGCUUGUGGCAGGGAUCCUUUGAUGCCAGCCGGCCUUUGCCAUCAUGUGACAUAAGCAUCGAGCGUGGCGAGAUGCUGGCGCCGGGGCUCAACGGUCCUUCUGUCGCACAAGCGGCUCAUCACGGAGAGAGCUUCGACUCAAAAUCUACGGACGCCGUGGAGCUCGAGCGGUUGAACCAGCAGCUGCUCAAAGCACUGGGUCGAGCGUUGUCCCACCUGCGUCAAAUGCAGAAUCUGGCAGCGCCCUCCAGUUGGGACAGGCCGCACGCGGUCUAA